GUGAAAGUUGUUUUAAACAAAACAAAUAGUGUUAAAAACGUUUGAAAAUUCUAUUUUCUAACUACUUUUGUGCAUGUACGGGAUGGUUUCGGUUACACUUUUACCGCGUCAUGUGGUAACGCCCCUCUGUUGCCUGGCAAUCGGGAUAUCGAUAGACAGUCACACCAUUAUAGAUCUAGUAAGCUUUGGAUCAUAAAUCUAUUAAUUUUGAGUCACAUACAAUAUCAUUUUUUGGUUUUGGUUUCAAAAUCAAUAGUUGGCCUUGCAAAAAUAGUUUUCCCUGAAUACUAAAAGAAUUCGUAGAACUUGAACGAGUGCGCUUUCUUUUUUCUCUGAUUAAUAAGAAAUUUUACGAAAUGGCUACGCAAAACGCUGUUGGCAUUAAUCCACGUCCUCUGGAGGAUCAAGGCACUGGACAGCUGCUGAUGGAACUGAAGAACCUGGUACUGUGGCGCAACUUUCUGCGAACACUGUUUGUUUUUACGAUCAUUCUGAUCCUGUUGGUGGACACAAUAAGCCAUUCGGCAAUCAGUGUGGUGAGCAUGUUGGCCAUCACCAUCAUCCUUGGCGCCAUGGGGUAUCGCUUCUUCGUGGAGGUCAUGGAAUUGUGGAACAGAAGGAACAACAAUGAGGAAUACUAUUCGUAUCGGUUCCAUGUUUUGAUGACAUGCAACAUACCAGAAGAGGAGACAAUGCGUCUGGCCGGAGUGGCUGUCGUGAAGUUGAAUGCAUUCAUUAACAAAAUGAUUGGGCUGCUGCUUGUGGAGGAUCUGCAAGAAUCGUUGAAGAUGUUGGCCGGACUGUGUUUAAUUAAUAUGCUUGGGGAUUACUUGAAUUUCAUGAAUCUGCUGUUGAUGGGUCAUAUUUUGGUAUUUACUUUGCCAAAGUUGUACGAUCUAAAGAAGACAGACUUAGAUAAGUUGCUGAUCAAAAUAGGAGUUAUUCAAAGCCAAAAAGAAGAUGAAGAUGAAGUCCACUUCCAGGACGCUGAACCCCCGACUUGUGAAUCCAACAAGCAAAACAUUGAAGAACCUAAAGAGGACACCAUUAAGGAACAAAAUACAACUGCAAAUUUUGAAAAUAUUCCACAGAAAGAACAUGAUUUGAAGCUCUUUGCGAUGUUUGAGGAGGGGCAUGACCCUGACUGCAGCUGUGCCGAGUGUAACGUCUUGGAUGUGACACUGGUGGCCAACCAAGACAUAGCCCCUAAGAAACAGAAGAAAGAAAAGAAUGUGGACUUCUUGGAUCAUACCUACAGCCCUGACUGUAGCUGCGCCGACUGUGACGUCCUAAAUGUGACACCGAUUCCCAAACAAAUGUAGUUCUUAUUUGUUGUAUUGAGAUCGAAAUCUUUACAUUAUAAUUAUAAGCAAUACUGAUCUCAGUUGGCCAUCAAAAAAGGUU